AAUCGCAGCCAACUUCACAUCAACGCGUUCUCGGUAUAGGUUUUAGCCAUUAUUUAUUCGCAAUAAAUGCGAAUGCAAUUGCGAAAAGUGAUUCGAUUCGCUAUAUUUGCGAAAUAGCAGUAAAGUAAUUUGUUAAAUAACUAAAGGCGCCCAUUUGGCAUAUAUUUUACUUCCUCUAUUCUACGUUUUCUUUCCGCCUCAGUCGUUGUGCGCGUGUGUGUGUAUAUUUUUGUGAGUGACGCGCUGCUGCCGCCAUUCAAGAUUGAAGCGAAAAAAUGGAUUUGGCGAAGCUGGAUAAGAUGAAGGUGGUGGACCUGCGUAACGAAUUACAGACGCGUGGUCUUGAUACCAAAGGUGUGAAAGCUGUGCUCAUCGAGCGCCUGCGGGCACAUGUGGAAGGUUCUGCCGGCGGCGGCGAUGGAGAUGGCGCCCCAGUUACACCAAGCCGCCGUCAGCGUCGAACGCGGUCUAUGUCGCGUUCACCGUCGCCGGUUGCGGCGGCUCCAGUUGCCACAGAACCUGUACUGGAGACUCUGCCGGAGGAGGAUCAGGCCGCAGCCGAGCCCGAAGUCGAAGCAGAGGCCGGCUCUGGACCAGAAGUAGAAGAAGUCGAAGACGAAGAACAGGAACUGGAACAAGAACAAGAACAAGAAGAGGAGGACAAUAAGGCGGUUCAGGAAGAGGUGUCAGAGGAAACUGAUGCUUCUGCUCCGCAAGCAGAGCAAGAUGAAGAUGUGGCUAUGACAGAUGAAGCCGCCGCCAUGGAGACAGCAGAUCAGGAAGACUCAAACGACACCAACAAACAAGUGGAGAAAGAUGAAGAUCCACAAGAAAAUGAUGAAGCAUCAGCCGAUGCUGAUACCGACAAAGUCGCGCACCAAUCCAACGGCGAUAAUGGUGAGAAAAUGGAAGUUGACGACGAGGCUGCCGCUGCCAAGACAGACAAGGAGGAGGACAAGGAACAGGACCAAGAAAAAUCCAACGAGCGCCGCAAACGCUCGCACAGCCACACGCGCUCCCGCAGCAGCUCGCGCUCACCCAAGCGUCGUAGCGGCGACAAGCGCGAUUCCAAGUCUGGUGCGGCUGUUGAAGAGCGCACCGUGACCGAGGAUGAGCCCACUAUGGAGGAAAAUCAAGUGGGCCUCAGCUGGUUUGAUUCGGAUCUACAUCUACGCAUCGAUGCUACCACUUUUACAUCUGCGAAACCUCUGAACUCGGAGAUAUACUCGCUAAUCUGGUCAGGUGCUCGUGCCAACUAUGGUGUGCGCGAGGGAAGGGUGUGCUAUGAGGUGCAGCUAUCGGAGGAGUCUGUGCCGGAAAACUCGCAUCAUUUCCGCGAUGAACCGCAUGUGCGCGGCUUUCGUGUGGGUUUCUCAACGCCUCAGACACCGAUGUUACUGGGCGAAGCUGAACAUUCCUAUGGCUAUUGCGAGAGCGGCCGCAAGGCCAACAAUGGCGAGUUCAAAGAGUACGGCAAGCCAUAUCAACUGGACGAUGUGAUUGGCUGCUACUUGGAUCUGGACAGCACGCCGUGCAACAUCAAAUACACAUUGAAUGGCGAGGAUCUUGGCAUUGCCCAUGAGUUUGACAAGAGUAUUUUGGGCGAGGAAGGCGCCCUCUUUCCGCAUAUUCUCACCAAGGGCUACGAGUAUACAGUGAACUUCGCUAACAAUGAAGAACUGCUUGUUAAUGCGGAACGACCGACACGAAAGCGUCGCAAGCAACGCGCCGAGUCGCACAAAGAUGAUGACAACGAUGGUGAGAAGUGGAAGGUGCUCGACGAGGCAACCGCCGAUGAUGAUGAGCCCGAAAAGAAGGACGAUGACGCCAAGCCAGCCGCCACCGAGCAAUCCGAUGAGGCUGAUAAACCUGAGCCCCCCAACGCUGAUGCUACCAGUGACGCUGCCGAGGAGGAGCAGGCUAAAGAGGCUGGCGUCGAGGGCGAAACUCAGUCGGAGCAGGCUGAAUCCGCUGAGGCAGCGCAGGAUCAGGCUAUGGAACCUGUCGAGGAAGCAGCAGAAGCUCCAGCUGUUGAGGCCACUGAGCCAGCAGCUGUGGCCAACGGCGAUAGUCUGCCUGAAGCCGAAAAAGCCACAGAAGAAAAUGCAGAAGCUACUGCCGAACCGGAAGCGUCGGCUAAGGAGUCUGCCAAGGACAGUGAAUCGGCAGCCAACGCUGAGGAGGACGACGAAGAUGGCCCAUCGCCAAAUAAACGCGCCAAAGCUGACUCAGAGACAGAUAAGUCAUCAGCUGACAAGUCACACCCGGCCGAAGAUGAGUACGAGGAUGUCGUGCCCGUGCCCCGGGAUACUGUUGCCCUGCUACCCGGCUAUGUACUGCUGGCUUUGGUACCUUCCGAGCAACUAGUUAGCGGUCCUCAAUGCGCUGCAUCGCGCAAAGAAUGCGAGGUUAUCCUUCUCGUUGGCCUGCCAGGUGCUGGCAAGACGCACUGGACACAAAAGCAUGUCGCCGAGAACGUCGAUAAGCGUUACGAGAUCAUUGGACCUGAUUCCAUAAUAGCCAAAAUGACGAUUGAUGGCGAAUCGCGCAAAACUGUGCACAAGGGGCGCUGGGAUAAGGUAUACGAGAUCUGUUUGAACAGCCUAGGUGGUUUGGAAGAUAUUGCUAUGAAGCGGCGUCGCAAUUUUAUACUCGAUCAGACGAAUGCGUAUGCCUCGGCCCAGCGACGUAAAAUGAAAGGUUUUAGCGACUUCAAGCGUAUUGCGGUUGUUUGCAUACCCGGCGAAGAUGAAUUGAAACGUCGCAUCGCCGAAAAAGAGGAAAAGGGAAAUGCUUUUACAGUUAAAGAAUCAACAAUAAAUAACUUACGAGCCAAUUUCACGCUUCCCUCACUGGAGUUUGGCUGGUUUGACGACAUCAUCUACACGGAGCUGACCGGCGACGAGGCCAAGGCUGAGGUGAAGAAGUACAAUGAGAAGGGCAAAAAGGCCAUCGAUGCGGACAGGUCGCGUGACAAGAGAUCGCGCGGCGCUCGCGAUAAUUAUCGCCGUGAUGAUCGGCAUCGCAAUCGCUACUUUGACGAGAGGCGUCGUGAUCACGGCGGUCAGCGCCACGACAGUCGCUGGAGCGACUCGAGACGCGGUGGUGGCGGCGGCGGCGGCGGUGGCAGCUACUCAAGCGGUGGCGGAGGCGGCGGUGGAAGCCGUGGAUAUGACAAUCGCAAUCGCAGUUAUGGCAGCGGCGGCGGCGGUGGAGGUGGAGGCGGCGGCGGCGGCCAACAAAACUGGAUGCAAAAUAACCGCCGUAGCGGCUACGAUGACCGCGGCUAUGGCGGUGGAGGCGGCGGCGCCGGAGGCAGUCGUGGCUAUGAUAAUCGCAAUCGCGGCUAUGGCAGCGGUGGGGGCGGCGGUGGUGGCGGCGGUGGCCAGCAAAACUGGAUGCAGAACAAUCGCAGAAGUGGCUACGAUGAUCGCGGCUAUGGAGGCGGCGGCAGCUCUAGAGAUUACCGCGAUCGAGACCGCGGCGGCAAUGAUCGCAACCGCUUGGGGAGCAACGAUCGCAAUCGAGGCAGCAGCCAGAGCAGCUAUCGCUCGGGCGGCGGCAAUCAUCAACAACGGGAUUUUCGGCAUGGCCACCGCGACACCAAAGAAGAUAGUCGCGGUGGCUAUGAGCGGUCAGCUGCACUAGCGCUGCCCAAAUACGGCAAUAACUCGGCCCAAGCCGGCUACGAUCAGUACAAGCAGCAGUCGAGCGGAGGUCAGCAGUCCGGCUCUAAGUCCGCACUAAGUGGCAAGUGGAGCACCUAUGCGCAGCAUCAGCAACAACAACAACAGACGCAACAGCAGCAGCAUCAACAGGCCGGCGGCGUCUGGCAGCAGCAGCAUCAGCACCAGCAGCAGCCACAACAGCAACAACAACAACAACAAUACCAGCAGCAACAACAGUCGCAGCCGACCGCGGGCCAACAACAACAACAAUACUGGAACUAUAACCAGAUGCAGGCAGGUUAUGGCAACCAGCAGCAACAAGCAGCCUGGCAGGGCGCUGAUCCACAGCAGCAGCAAUGGAUGUCCUGGUGGCAGCAACAACAGCAGGGCGCCGGCGGAGCAGCGGCCAAUAAUGCCGGCGGCGGCAGUGCGGUGGGCACUGCGGGCGCCACUGGCAAUAAUGAUGGCGGUGCCACCAAUCAUUAUUGGUCUCAAUAUUCAUACUCUACACAGUCCAAUGCGGGCAUCGACAAGAAAUAGGAGCAGCAGCAGCAGAAGCAGCAGCAGCAGCAGGAUGAUGCACACUUUCGCCGUCGGAAGGCCAACUUUCAUUUUGAACAACAAGCACACACACAUACACAUAAACAAACACAUGCACACACACACACACACACACAUAUAUAUAUAUACCCACAAGAAGAGGGAAAGCAACUUAUAGUUUUUAAUAUAUAUGAAACAAAGCAAAGAAAAGCGAGCGUAAAUUUAGUGUAGCCAGUUUUUAAGCGUCUGGAAAGUCCAAACAAAAGUAACCUUAACAACAGCUUCUCGCUAAAAACAACACAAAUGAUCAAAAAACAAAAGAAAACAAAACAAACAAAAAAAAAACUACAUACAUAUUUGUGCAUCAUGAGUAGGGAACUGUUGAUUUUAACAAUUUAUGUAUUUACUUGCUACAACAAAUUUGUCUGCGACAUUUCUAAACCAAACAUACAAAUAUUGUGCAUUAUGAAAUGGUUUAUAAUAAUAUACAAUUUGGUGUUUGCCAAUUAGCAUUCUUUUGUUCUGUUUCAAAGAAAGCAAUAAAGGAACGUUAGUACACCUUCUUUUGGCUCAUUACGUAUCUAGGACAGUACAAUUUGUUUAACGUUUAAUUAUUAUUGUUUUAUUUUUUUAUACAAUAACGAAAUGCUGGAAGACAAACUA